AUGAAAUUGAAUUCACGACACGUGUCUCAGAGGUGGGUGAUGGCUGUGAUGGGGAUGAUGGGCGUCACAAUGGCGUACGUGAUGCGGGCCUGCUUGGGCAUUACCCUCACGCAAAUGGUCAAGCCCGUGGUGGUUGUGGAUGGAGGUGUGAAAUCCGUCCGGCACGACUACUGUCCAAUGCAAAAGUCGUCAUCGCGGGGUCACCCAAAGUCCAACAGGACAGAAACAGUGGAGGACGAGUUCCAACAUAGGUUCGAUUGGGACGAGAAGACGCAAGGUGAGAUCCUGUCGUCGUUCUACUAUGGUUACAUACUCACCCACCUACCCGGUGGAGUAUUAUCCCAGAGGUUCGGUGGCAAGCACACGAUGGGAAUAGGAAUACUAUCCACCGCAAUCUUCACGUUGAUGACUCCAUACGUAUCGAACAUGGGUCCGAAGCCACUGACAAUUCUUCGGUUCGUCGAAGGACUCGGAGAGGGAACUACUUACCCGGCUCUCUACACGCUCCUGGCACAGUGGGCCCCGCCUGAAGAAAAGGGAAAACUCUCUACAGUAGUGUUUGCAGGAGCGCAAAUAGGUAAUAUUUUCUCAAACUUCUUGAGUGGUUUCAUCAUACAAUACAUACCCGGCGGUUGGCCGAACGUCUUUUACUUUUUCGGCAUUACCUCGUUGAUUUGGUUUGUGCUCUGGUGCAUGUUCGUUUACAACGACCCAAAAUCCCAUCCGUUCAUAUCAGACAUGGAGCGUGACUAUUUAAAACAGUCAAUCGGAAGCCUAGAAAGAAAAAAGGAUUUGCCCCCUACGCCAUGGAAAUCCAUAUUAACGUCAUGGCAAAUAUGGGCACUGAUUUUUAUUGAAGUAGGACAUGACUGGGGUGCUUUUACGAUUAUCAGUGAUCUCCCUAAAUAUAUGAGUGACGUCUUACAUUUUUCCAUUAGUGAAAACGGUUUAUUAUCGUCCUUCCCAUUCAUCGCCCAAUGGGUUACGUCGAUUUUAGCUAGUAUUUUGGCUGACUGGCUGAUAAGCAAGCGAAUAAUGAGUGUCACUGCGGUCAGAAAAAUUUUCGCCAUUAUAGGAAAUGUCGGGCCUGGUAUUGGUGUAAUGUGUGCUUCGUUUGUCGGAUGUGACAAAAUGAUAGCAACUCUAUGUUUUACUUUGGGUAUGGCACUAAUGGGAUUCUGUUAUCCCAGCAUCCGUGUCAAUUCACUCGACUUGUCACCCAAUUAUUCUUCUACUAUAAUGGCAUUAGUCAACGGUAUUGGUUGUUUAUCAGGAAUGGCUACUCCAUAUAUCGCUGGAAUUCUCACACCAAAUAGGACGGUUUUAGAGUGGCGGCUUGUAUUUUGGAUUAUGAUGAUAGUAAUGACAUCAUCAUCUGUGUUAUAUGGGCUAUUUGGAUCCGGUGAGUUACAACCAUGGGACGACUUCGAACAACAUUAUCUAAAAGAAAAGGAAAAAUCAGAGAAGGGAUUACCUAUGGAUGAAAGAUUAAGUAUAAUUCAUUCAAAAUCCAUAGAAGAUGAAAAAUCGUUAAAUAAUUAG